AUGGAUAUUCUCCAACGUGGAACCACUGAAGAACUAAAUUUCCAGCUAAAUCAGAUAUCUGAUCACAUAUGGAGUAUUCUCGAAGAGGAUACCCGAGGUUGCUUUCCGCUUUCAUAUCUGGUCGUCGGAGAAAGUAAAGUGCUUGUCAUCGACACUGGAUGUGGUUGUGGAAACAUCUAUUUCUUCAUCAAACAACAACAACAAAUCCUAGAAAAUAGGAAAAUCAUAGUUGUGAAUACACACAAUCAUCCUGAACAGACUGGUGGAAAUUUUCGAUUUUCAACAGUAGGGAAACUAGGCCUCUCACAUAUGGUUGAGGAUCUUUGUGCUUCUGGCAACGAUCAGUAUUAUACAAAACUUAUGAACAGCAGUUGGCACUGGGAGAUAAACACUUAUAAGGUGACAAGAUGGUUGCAAGAUGGCGAAAAUAUCCUUUUAGGAGACAAAAACCAUGCUCGCAAUGUUGUGCAGGUUAUAUGGACCCCGGGACAUACCCCGGACAGCCUUGUGCUAUGGUAUGCGAAUGACAAAAGACUAUUCAUAGGAGAUCUUUUCUACAGAUACAGUGAUAUAAUGUUAACGGAUGAGUACACAAAUAUCAAAAAUUACGAAGCAUCAUUGAGGAAAGUGAUCAAUUUCGUGAUGAAACAGCCAGAACCAAAAAAGUUGCGCUACUCAGCAGCAAAAAACGAUGCGGAUAAUGAAUGUCUGCCAGCUUUCAAGCAUUUUCACCAUUUCAUAUUGACAGUUCUUGCAGGGACCCACAUCGGAUAUCCACUCAGGAUUGAUGAGACCGAAGGGUGGAGAUUUGAGACAAGAGAUAAAGCUAUGAAAAUCGUCCUAGCCAGAGACAUCGUAACUCGUCUAAAUCAAGCUCGAGAAAAAGCGCAACAAUACAGAUAA